AUGAUUAAGCUAUAUAACAAUAAUAACAAAUUUCAGAAAAGAAGAAUUACUGUAUAUACAAUAUUUUCAAUAUGGAUUAUUGGAAUGCUAUAUUGGUAUAGUCAUAAUUAUUACUAUAAUAAUCAUCAAAUAGAUGAUUUUGAAGAUCAUUCAAUAUAUAAUAUUUAUGAUGAUCAUUAUAAUCCAAUAGCACAUAGUCAAGAAUUAUAUUCAAAUUCAAAAUCAUCAACUACUACCACCAUAGAUUCAAACCCAAAAUCAAUUAUAGAUUCAGAAGAAACUGUUACAGAAACUAAUUCAGAAACUACUUCGGAAACCUUUGAAUUAGGUCCAACUGAUUUUGAAGAUCCAACUGAUUAUUCUAAUUAUAAGUUUAAACAAGCUGAAUCAAAAGCAUAUAAAAAAGUAAUUGAAGAAUAUGAAAAAGAACAAUAUCAAAAAAAUUUAAAAGAUUUUAGAUAUAAUAAUACAUUUUAUGAAUCUAUUAAAGAAAAUUCAAAUUUAACAAAACAAUUUGAUCCAUAUUCAUCAAUUUAUGAUUCCAUAUUUAAAGAUCAUUCAAUGAUGUCAAUAAUGAAUGAUUUAAAUUUUAAUGAAAGAUGUGAUUUAUUUUUUAAACAUAUUUUUCUCAAAGACCAAAAUUGGAAUUUUAAUCCUCAUGAAGAUUAUAAUGUUCAUGAAGAUGGUAGAUUAGAUGAAUUUAAAGCAAAUAAUUUUAGGUUGUUAAAAUAUAAAUAUUCUUUAAAAGAAGGAAGAGAUAUUUUUGAAAUAGAUGAUCAUGAUGAUGGUUUUAAAAAUUAUAUGAAAGAUGAAUAUAGAGCUAAAAUGCAAACUGAUAAUGAAUUAAAAAUUAUUGAUAAUUUAUCAAUUUUAAGAAUUUAUAAUAAAUGUUAUGUAACAAAUGAUGAAACUAAUCAACAAAAACAAACACAAAAAUUUAUAAAUGAUCAAAAAGAAUUUAUAAAAGAUUUUAAUGAAGAAUCUUAUUUAUAUGAAACAAAAGAAAAUGAUAAAAUUUAUGAUAAUAAUGAAAAAUUUGAAUUAAAUAAAUUUGAAAAAUUAAUUAGUGAAGAAAACAUUGGUAAUAAAUUUCAACAUAGAUUAUAUCCAUGGUUAUCAUUUGAAACACCAGUUUUUGAAAGAUGGACAGGACAAAUUUUCAAUCAUCCACCAAAUUUUAGAAAAAUUUUAAAAGAUUAUAGUCAACCAAUUAAUAAAAAUUCUAAAACAUCAUCAACAAAUUUUUAUUCAGAAGAUUCAAAAGAUUUUCAUAAAAGUUCAACUAAUUUUUUUAAAAAUUUUAAAAAUGAAUGUAAUGGUAAAGGUUUAGUAUUAUCAGUUGCUGACAAACAUGUUGAUUAUGUUGUAAAUUUAAUUCAUUUAUUAAGAGCAUUAAAUAAUAAAUUACCUAUACAAAUAGUUUAUUUUAAUGAUUUAAAUGAAGAAACUAAAAAAAAAAUUGUUACUGCAGCAAGAGAAACUUUUUCACAUUUACCAACUUCAUUUCAAAAAGUAUCAGAAUUAUUUCCAGAAGAUUAUUUAGAUCCGAAAUAUAAAGGUUUACCAAAACAAGAAGUUUGGUUUGUAAAUACUGCAAAUGUUAUAAAUGAAAAUUUUAAAAAUAAAUUUCAUGGAUUUGCUAAUAAAUUAUUAGCUACUUUAUUCAAUUCUUUCAAUGAAUAUAUGUUAUUAGAUGCUGAUACAGUUAUGAUGCAACCACCUGAAUUUUUUUUUAAUUUAGAAGGAUACCAAAAUACUGGAACUUUUUUUUUCAAAGAUAGAGGAGUUUUCCAAAGAAGAACAAUGGAAGAUGGUUAUUUUUUCCAUAGAAUUGCUCCAUCAACUAUUGAUUCAUUAAUGUUUAAUAUUCCAAUAAUUACAAAUUAUACAUUAGGAUUUGAAGUAUUUAGAGGUUUAACUCAUACAAUGGAAAGUGGAUUAGUAUUAAUUAAUAGAGAAAUUCAUUUUAAUUCAAUUAUAAUGAUUAAUCAUAUAAAUUUAAUUCAUUCAAUAUCAGAUAAAUUAUAUGGUGAUAAAGAAUUAUUUUGGUUAGGUUUUGCAAUAAAUGGUGAUGAAAAUUAUCAUUUUAAUAAAUUUAAUGCUGCUUCUAUUGGUUCAUUAACUCCAAUGGGCGAAAGAGUUAGACCAGAUGGUACAAAUCAUCAUUCAAAAGAAUUAUGUUCACCACAUCCAGGUCAUAUAAAUGAAGAAGAUGAUCAUUCAUUAUUAUGGAUUAAUUCUGGUUUUAGAUAUUGUCAUCAAUCACCAAGAAUAAAUUUUGAACAAGAAUGUAAAAUUGGAGAAAGAUUAAAAUUUUUAAAACCUGAACCAAAUGUUUUCAAAGAAUAUUAUUAUAAUCCAUUAAAGAUUAAAAAUGCAAUAAUACCACCAAUGGAUACUGAAUUAUUAGAUCAUCCAAAUAAUCAAGAUGAACCAGCAAGUGGUUGGAUAAUGGAUGGUAAUUAUUGUUCUUCUUAUUUAUGGUGUGCUUAUUCUUCUGUUGGUGGUACAACAAAUAAUAAUGAUGAUAAUACAAUGGAAGGGAUUUUAAUAAGUUUUAAUUCUGUUGAAAGAGCUUUAUUUGAUUAUUAUGGUGAUAUUUGGAUUGGAAUGGAAUAA